AUGCCGGCUUCUGCGUCAACUACUAAAAGGGCGACAGGAGUUGGGUCAUCCUUGAAGGUACUGAAUACUAAAUUGAAGCAAAUUCAGACUGGUGUUAGCCACAUUUGGCGAUUUGUGGAGGACUUCAAGGAAGAUUCAGUGACUACUGCGAUUGAAGUUCGGUUGGAAGAACUGGAAAGCUUGUGGGAGCGAUACAACGACACCAUUAUCGAGAUACAAUCACAUGAUGACUACAAGGCAGAGGAGGAUUUCAGCGAGAGGGACGGCGCUGAGUUUAAUGAUCGCUAUUACUUCGCGAAAACUUUCUUGGUGGAAAGAAUAAAGGAAAGGCAGGAACCAACGGACUUAAAUCAGACAGUUAGAGGAAAUGAAACCAUGAACCAAUCAACGUUAGAUCAUGUGCGCUUACCCCAAAUAAAAUUGCAGACAUUCGAUGGUAAUAUCGACGAAUGGCUGAGUUUCAGAGACUUGUACACAUCUUUAAUACACUGGAAGACCGAUCUCCCUGAAGUGGAAAAAUUCCACUAUUUAAAAGGCUGCCUCCAGGGAGAACCAAAGGCAUUGAUUGAUCCAUUGAAGAUUACCAGAGGAAAUUACCAGAUUGCGUGGGAUUUGCUGUGUAAACGAUAUAACAAUAAUAAACUGCUACGUAAACGUCAGGUUCAAGCACUUUUUCAGCUUCCAACUCUCACGAAGGAGUCCGUUACCGAUCUGCACAAUCUCUUAGAAGGUUUUGAGAGAAUUGUGCAGACUCUGGACCAGAUCGUUCAGCCAGGGGAUUAUAAGGAUCUCCUGUUGGUCCACAUUCUCUCCUCACGUCUCGAUCCUACGACACGUAGAGGAUGGGAAGAAAGCUCAGCAACCAAGGAUCAAGAUUCGGUCAAUGAUAUGACGGAGUUCCUUCAACGACGUGUUCGUAUUUUGGAGUCAUUGCCAAGUAAACCCAUAGAGCCAAGAACUACGCAGUUUACACCUUUCACUAGACAGAAGCAAUAUCCAAGGGGAAGUUUCACCUCGGUUCAAACACCAGUCAGAUUGUGCGUCGUGUGUUCGUCAGACCAUCUCCUAUUCCAGUGCCCUGUGUUUCAGAAAUUAUCCGUGUCGGAAAGAGAAAAAAUGGUACGAAUUAAUAUGUUGUGUCGGAAUUGUUUCAACAAGGGUCACAGAGCGUCAGAAUGUAGAUCCAAGUUCUCUUGUCGUCAUUGUAAAGGACGGCACCACAGUUUGGUUUGCUUCAACGCAGAUAAGGUCGCAACGGUGCAUACCAAUUCACAACACCUAGGAGAAUCAUCGGAGCCCAUGGAAAUCCAUCAAUCAUCAGCCAACCCAGUGUUAAAUGUAGCCGCUACCGAUGUGCAAGCCUGCAACUCAGCUCAGCAUCACUCUUCUCAGAUUCUUCUGGCAACUGCAAUUGUCGUUAUCGAAGACGAUUUCGGCAAUCAAUACUCAGCACGUGCGCUUUUAGAUUCUGGGUCAGAAAGUAACCUUUUGACAGAGCGGUUAAGUCAAAAAUUAAGAGUUUCGAGGGAAAGGGUGGACAUAUCAGUUAUUGGAGUCGGUCACGCUAUCACAAAGGUUAAACAACGUGUUCAAGCCACUGUUCGAUCUCGGGAUUCUGGGUUUACUCGCUCGAUGCAGUUCUUAGUUUUGCCAAGGGUAACAGUUAACUUGCCAACAACCUCAAUCAAUGCUGUUUUAUGGAAAAUUCCAGAAGGAAUUCAUUUGGCGGAUCCUUCCUUUUACGUGUCUGGAGAAGUAGACAUAGUUUUGGGUAUCGAAUCCUUCUUUGACUUCUUCGAUAGUGGGAAAAGGAUCGCACUGGGCGAUCAUCUACCAAUGCUAAAUCACUCGGUCUUUGGAUGGGUCGUUUGUGGAGGGAUUUCUAAGCCUAUACAGUCCACUCAGGUUCUCUAUAAUACUCACACGUCGGAAGAAUCCCUAGAAAACUUGAUGGCUCGAUUUUGGUCCUGUGAGGAGAUCGAGUCAGCCCAUUCGUACUCUCCAGAAGAAGCUAAAUGUGAGGAGUUAUUCACGCAGAAGGUUCACCGCGGUUCUGAUGGUCGUUAUUCAGUUUCGCUACCGAAAAAUGAAGACGUUUUGGCGCAUUUGGGCGAGUCUAAGGAGAUCGCAAUGCGACGUUUUCUAGCCACGGAGAGAAGAUUAUCGAGAGAUGAAGGCUUGAGGUUACAAUACGUUGCAUUCAUGGAUGAAUACCUCAAUUUAGGCCACAUGAAACAGAUUGAUGAGUCAGAUUUGAAUUUGUGUCAGAUAUCCGAAGUCAAAGAGUCAGUUUGUGAUGAGAAUGUAAACCCUGGAUUGAGAUCACGAUUCACUUCAGCACAACCGUCAGAAUUUGAGUCAGAUUGUUCGAAAAGGUCAGUUUCUAAGUCAGAUUGUGUAAGAAAUUCCGUUUUGAGUCAGAAGUCGGUAAAACGAUGUUUUUUGCCCCAUCACCCGGUAGUUAAGGAAGCCAGUACGACAACUAAGGUCCGAGUAGUAUUCGAUGCAUCCUGUAAAACAUCCUCAGGGGUCUCAUUGAACGAUGCCUUGUAUGCAGGACCGGUCGUACAAGAAGACCUGCGGUCAAUUAUUCUCCGUUGUCGUACCAAACACAUCAUGGUGGUUGCUGACGUUGAGAAGAUGUUCCGCCAAAUAAAAAUUGAUUCGAACGACAGUCCUCUCCAAUCUAUUCUUUGGAGAUCAUCUCCAAGUGAAGUUAUUCGGACCUAUGAACUCUGUACAAUUACUUAUGGAACCAAACCUGCACCGUUUCUAGCUACGAGAACCUUGCAAAAGUUAGCCUCUGAUGAAGACCAUAAGUUCCCUUUGGCAUCGCAGGCCAUUCUCCAGGAUACGUAUAUGGAUGACGUCAUAACGGGAGCUAAUACCUUACAAGAAGCAGAGAGAUUGGCAUGCGAGUUAGAAGGUCUAAUGGCUGCUGGAGGAUUUCGUCUCAGGAAGUAUGCUUCUAACUGUCCAGAGGCUCUUAAGAGCAUCGCAGAGGAAAACCUAGCCUUGAAACAAACAGAAGGCAUCAUUCUGGAUCCAGAUCCAACUGUUAAAACCUUAGGACUUACUUGGAUGCCUACGUCCGAUGUUUUUGCGUUCCAAUUUGCCAUACCGCCUUUGGAAGAAAACACUAUCUUGACAAAACGCCGAAUAUUGUCCAUCAUCGCAACCCUAUUUGAUCCUUUAGGGCUUAUAGGAGCCACUAUUACAACGGCUAAGGUGUACAUGCAGGUUCUGUGGACGUUGCGCAAUGAAAACGACCAAAGGCUGGAUUGGGAUCAACCUGUACCUUUCACGGUGGGCGAGCAGUGGAAGAACUUUCACGGGAACCUACACCUACUCAACAACAUCCGGAUUCCACGAUGCGUUGUCCUCCCUCAACCUACGCUAGUGGAAAUUCACUGCUUCUCAGAUGCGUCCGAAAAGGCCUAUGGGGCUUGUCUGUACAUUCGGAGUCAGAAUAGGCAAGACCUAAUUUCACGGGGAAUUUCACCGGAAGCUAUUGUCACCAAUGAUUUCUGGUGGAAGGGCCCAGAGUGGUUGAGCAAAGAAACGGAGCAUUGGCCUUGCUCACAUCCGAUAUCGGAAGCUGGAGAGGAAGAGCGGAAGAGGAAGGUGGUUGCGAACCCUGUAGCCGAAGAUUCGCCAUUCAGUCGGUUUUCACAAAUGAACCCUAAUGAAUGGCUACCAACUAAUCAAACAACAAUCCCACGGGCCUGGACUCAAGAACAAAAGACCUCGAUGCUAGCUAAGGUUGUUUUUCAGAUGACGAACCCGCUGUCAUCCAUGAAUCACCUUCAUUUCAUUCCAGCUCGCGAUAAUGGACAAUCGCGCACAAAUAUGCGGCUAAUGGUGGAAAAUAAAAUCAUUAGCUUCUGCAAAAGCGUUCCGUAUUGA